AUGGCUAAUUUCACAAAGGAAAAAAUUGACAUUGUUGUGGUUGGAGCUGGACCAUCCGGUAUGGCUGUUUCAGCCUGUCUAAACAAAUUGGGCAUAAACAAUGUUGUUUUAGAAAAACAAGAUUGUUGUGCUUAUUUGUGGAAGAACAAGACUUAUGAUAGACUUCAUUUGCAUCUAUCAAAGGACUUUUGUUCAUUGCCAUUUAUGCCACAUGCAACUUCAUCACCUAAGUAUAUGCCGAAAAAAGAAUUUAUUCAAUACUUAGAUGAGUAUGUUGAGCAUUUCAACAUCAAGCCAAAAUUCCAAACUUGUGUUGAAUCGGCCUUUUACAACAGUGCGGAAAAGAAAUGGAAUGUCAAAUCAAGAAAUUUGACUAGCGGAGAAAUCGAAUUAUAUGCUAGUGAUUUCUUGAUUUUGGCUACUGGAGAAAACAACGAAGGAUAUAUUCCAAAAAUGCUAGGAAUAGAAAAUUUCAAAGGCGAAAUAAUCCAUUCAAGUGAUUAUAGAUCUGGUGAAAAAUAUAAGGAUAAAAAGGUAUUGGUCGUUGGAUCAGGAAAUUCUGGGAUGGAAAUAGCUUUUGAUCUUUCAAAUUAUGAAAGUCACACAUCAAUUGUUGUGAGAAGUCCAAUUCAUGUUCUAACAAGGGAGAUGGUGUACACUGCAAUGUUGUUACUAAAAUAUUUACCAAUAUCUUUGGUUGAUACUGUAAUUGCAAAGUACGCAAAAUUUAAGUUCGGAAAUUUAGCAGAAUUAGGAAUACCCCAACCAGAAGAAAGCCCAUUUUCCUUUAAAAUAUCAAAAGGUAGAUCCCCAGUAAUUGAUGUUGGUGCUAUUGACAAGAUUAAACUUGGACAAAUUAAGGUACUUCAUGGAAUAUCGGACAUAAAGGAACAUACAGUAGUGUUUGACAAUGGAGAUGAACAUCAAUUUGAUGCAAUCAUUUUUGCUACUGGAUACAAGAAUAUUGCUACCAAGUGGCUAAAGGAUUAUAGCUCAAUAUUCCUUGAAGAUGGCACAUUGAUAAAUUGGAAAGGAGAGAAUGGGCUCUACUGUGCUGGAUUUUCAAAAAGAGGGAUUGCUGGUAUUUCAAUGGAUGCUAUAGCUAGUGCCGAUGAUAUUAAGACUAUUAGAGGCAGCAAAAUUUAG